AUGUUUUUGUUUCACGUCAUGUUUUAGUCAUUUUUGAUUGGUAGUUUGGCAAACAUGUGGCAACUUUUGUUUACAUUCUUCCUCGGUUCGCGACGAUUCGACCUACUUUGUGGAUGACGUCAUAAGGCAAAAUGGAUGCGCACGUUACGCGCCCCUACAGUAAAUUACGUGGGAUGCGCCGAAGAAAACUGCUGGAGUGGAAGUAGACCAAAAGCUUCAGUCUCUGUAUUUUGAUUGUUCUGCUGAACUGCGUUGGCUCCACUCACCAAUACAUAGACUGAACUCACUGAAGAGUUGUUGGCCCGUACGUACAGACAAUGUGAAUGUAGCCAGUUAGCACUAAACGUUAAAUCUAACACUCCAGUAACAUUCAGCGGAAACCUGAUUUUCGGAUUGUUUAUAGUUAUGAUUAGGCUACAUAAAAAUAAAAUGUCACAUUGUAAUAAAAAAGAAAUUACAUCCAAAUUUACGAAAAAAAUAUAUAAAAUUCAGAAAUAUCGUACCUUAGACAGCAGUUACCGAUAAUUCCUUUCAAAUAAUGAUCAGAACAUGGUCAUCUCGAUCCUUUCGUUGGUCAACGUACAGUCAUCUUGAUUCUUGGAUGACGUCAUCCUUACAGUUACACUUACAGACGUAUUUACCCGUCGCUAUAUUUAUAUAGCGAUUUGCGCUUGUACUAGAUGUGCGUACGUUCGGAACUUGUCGCUCGCAUUGAUUGGCCAGGAUAUUGAAAAUUCUGAUAGGAAAGCCUUGAUAAAAGCACAACUUGUUGAACGUAGAGGGCAGCAACACACGGCCGCCAUGUUUUCCUCUCUGCUCUGGCAGAAAAAUUUUAAAAAUCAGGAAUAAAUCAUCGAAGAUGGAGUUUAUCCCUGAGGAAACAUACUAUGGUAAGAGUGGAGUAAAGUUGCUUCGUUUACGGACAGAAGGAAGAGUUCAUCACAUCAAGGAAAUAGAGGUUGACGUCCACAUUACCCUCCGCUCCAAGAAAGAUUUUGAGAGAGGCGACAAUUCAGAUAUCAUUCCCACUGAUACACAGAAGAAUACUAUUUAUGCCCUUGCCAAAUUAGUUGGGGUGCGAUCUCCUGAGCAGUUUGGACAGGCAUUGUGUCGUCAUUUCCUCUCAUCAUUUCAUCAUGUCAUGGCUGUACGUGUCCAUAUAGAGGAGGCUCCAUGGAAACGCAUCACACAAGGAGGCCAGGAGCAUGUCCAUGCCUUUGUCUUGGAGAAACAGUGCAUAAGGUUUUGCGAUCUACUUCAACAACGAGGAGGUCUCGUACAGGUUUGGUCUGGUUUGAAAGACCUCAAGGUUCUUAAAACAACCCAAUCUGGAUUUGUUGGAUUCAUCAAGGAUAAAUACACUUCACUUCCUGAGGUUACCGAUCGUCUCUUCUCAACCAGCAUCUAUGCUAGAUGGCGGUAUGCGACGCUGUAUGGAUUGGAUGAAGAUAAGGCAUGGCAAAUGGCGAAGGAGGCAAUCCUAGAUGUGUUUGCUGGCCCACCAUCAACUGGUGUUUACUCUGCCUCGGUUCAACACACUCUCUAUCAGACUCAGGAAAAAAUACUUCAACUCAUUCCACAGAUCAGUGAGGUUACUAUGGAAAUGCCCAAUUCUCACUACUUUUUAGCAGACCUCAAGAAGAUCAACAUGGAAAACAAUAACGAGGUUCUAAUGCCUGUGGAUAAACCGUACGGAUUGAUAAGAGCUUCUGUAAAACGUUCAUCAACAUCUAAGUUGUGAGGAAACCAAACCAAGAUCAGCCUGAUAAAACUUGCGUUGCUUGGAAUAGGGAAGGCUACCUCAAGCUUUUAUAAGCUUAUUAAUCUGACUGCAGUCUGAUCAUUUUCAUGGUGAUUCCAGUAAUUCAAUCUCUCAGGACUCUGGGCAUCUUUAACAAAUAGUUAUGACUGUUGUAACUUUGCCAUUAUGACAAACUACCAUGGGUUUAGUAGUGAGUCACAAUCAAGGUUCCAAUGGAAUUGAUGGCAUAUGAAAUGGGACCCAGAAAGAAAGAAUUUAUUGAAAAUUUUGCCUUAGAAACUGUAAAUACAUGUACCUGUAAUUGAAUUUGGAAUAACUUUGAUUAGCAUGUUGCUAUUUUGUUACCUUACAAUUACGUAAUGCUAUACGCGAUGUUAAAAUGAUAAGAAUUAUUCUAUAUUGUACAACGCCUACUUAGCUUGUUGUACGCGAGCAAAUGGGAGGCUGAAUGUCAAACAUUCGUACCGUUGCACAAAACACGUACCAUCCAAAAUGUACCGUUGCACGGCUUUAGGAGGUGACGUCACAAUACGAUUUAAUUCAUUGCGCUCGGUAAAAAUGAAGGUGCAAUACGCGUAUAAGCCAGCUGGAUAAAUGCGCAAGGCUGCCCAAGAGCAUGUGCGCUUGUGGGAUUUUCCUUUUGCUUACAAUAUUUUGCUCCCUUUUCAUAGAUUUCUAUAGGGAAAAACUCUUGUUUUUCAUAUUUUCGCUAAAUUCCGAGGCGUUGUACAACACAAAUAGCGAAUAUUCUUAUUCGUGCAAUGGUGCGAGAUUUCGCAUUCGGUGAAAGAAAGAAACGCUCUAUUCAACUCGGCUAACGCCUCGUUGAAUAGAGCAUCUUUCUUUCACCUCAUGCGAAAUCUCGCACCAUCGCACUCAUGCCUAUUCGCUAUUUGUAUAUCAGCGAGAUUUGGUAAUGAAUUCAAUUCAAUCAUGUUUUUGUAUGGUUUGGUUAAAUAUGAUUUAACAUUGACCAUUCCAGCCCCAAAUGGAAUAUAUAUUCAGAAGUAUGAAAGCAAGAAUCAAUGUACGAUAACAAAUCCUGCAAUUAAUGUAAUAUUGUAUGACUUGACCUGCUUUGUGAGGAAAAUACAAAGUUAAGCUAAUAUCCAGAACUAUCCUUGUGAAGUGAUAUUAAAGUACUAUAUUAAUAUUUUAUAAGCAUGCAGUGUGAUGUCAUUGAAUGAGUGAAGUAUAUUCUGUUUACUUUAAUUUCUUAAAUUGCGCAUGAGAAGCAUUAUUGCCACCUCCAACAGUUGGAUUAUAAAAUAAGUAAACAAACACUCCAAUCUGCAGCAAUUGCAAACCAAUUUGCACAUAGCAAAAGGAAAGAAGAAAUCAUCUCUGUUUGUGACAUUACAUAUAAAAGAUAAUUAUAAAUGUAUAAAUGAAAAAUUUAUAUUUCUUAUGUUGAGAUUCAUGCUGUGUUUUAACCCAUGACUCGGCUUGUAAUGUUUGGAUUUUAUAGGUUUCCAAGUGCAAAAGUAUAAUAAGAAUAGAAACAAUUAUAUAGCACAAUGUGACUAAGCAUUGCAUACUAUUAUCCCAGCUUUAGUACAGCUACUCUUAUUUGUCGUGCGAGCAUUCAAGGAGUUUCUUCCCACCUGGUACCCAUUUUCUACACUGGAUGGCAAGUGGUAAAUGUGAUAUAAAUGCCUUGUCAUACAUAUUUGCAAAAACGAUUGCAUACAAGUUGUAAAUAUGUGUGAAUAAUACGAAUAUUUUUACCAAAGAACAUAUCGGGUAUUACCUCGUCCUUGUCACCGUCAGUGCGCCAAAUUUACGCCUGUUGCCAUGGUUAAGUACACUACUUUAUUCAUGAGUCCACUGUUUAACAAUGGACUCAUUAAUUCAAACUCAUGAAUAAAAAAAAGCAUACUUAACCAUGGCAAGUGUAAUUUAUACAGGAAAUCAGCAUAUAACAUAGGUUCAACCGAUUUUAAAGAACCACCUUUGUGAAUUCGGGCCAUAGAAUUCAGUUGUUAAAGAGGUUAAAUCUGAAUGUAGUAAUUCACAAAACUGUUCCAUGUUGGUCCUCAUCAGUUCAUCUUAUCUAUGUAGUAGCAUGAAAUCUUUAUCUUAUUAAAUGUUGGAUAUAAAAGAGUGUAGACAUUAACAUUCUUGCAAUAAACAGCAUAAAAUUAUUUUGUAUUUGGAUGUUUAUGUGUAGAAACAGUGAUCUUCCAUUUAAAAAAUGACUGUUUCCUUUGUUGAAAUCCUUUAAUUCCAUUUCAAACCUAAUCUAAAAUAGAAAUUCUGUUUUGUGAAGGUAAAUUCAAUAAAUUUUCACAUAAGUAAAGAACUAAAUCAGAUUUUCUUUUUUGAUUAACCAGUAAAGGAAUAUCACUGGCCUUAUGUCCGAGUAUAUACAACCUUAUAUCAAUCAGUUCUAAAAGACUUUAAACGUGUUUCCUAUUUUUCAUAUACUUGAACUGAUUACCACCCCCUUGUUUUGCUUCUUUUAGUAUAUUUGGUCAGUUUGGGCUUCACUUUUUAUAAAGAAGUGAAUCAGAUUCCUUCAAUCUAGAGUAUAAUCUGAUAAUCUACACAUUGAUAUAAUUUAUGAAAUGUCUUGCCUUCAAAAGGCACAUUCAUUGUCAUUUAUUACGCCAACUGAAGGGAUAGUGGUAAUUGAAAUGUAUUCAAUUCCUGAUGUAGAUGUAAAAUUAUUUACUUAUGCUGUGAAAUGUUUCAUCCAGAGCUCAUAUGUACAUUAAUUAUUUGAUACUUGUUUUGGUACAUGUAGGCCGACUUAUAAUAAAUUGUUCAUGUUUGUAAGGUCCUGAUAUAUACUACCAUGGAGUGAUAUGGUGUGAAAAAAAUGGGCACGUAUGUCUGGCUUUUUACAUUUUUCUUCAGUUGGAUUACGAAAGUGUGUAGAUGUUUAAAGAUGCUUUAUUUUAAUCUCCCCUGCAUGAGAAGAAAAUAAAUUAUCAUCUAUAUAGUGUUCUAGCGAUGCAUUAAAAACGCGCAUUUUGGUCUGCAACAAUUGCCUGUGCAGUAUCAGAGCGUAUCCCUAAAAAGGACAGAAAUCCGACGAAUAUCCCAUAGGCUCCUGUACAAAAUUUGCUAUUGAAUAUGAGAGCUUAUUCAACAGUUUAGGGCACGUGCGUGAAAUAUACAACGCGUAAUGAAAGCAAUGCGAUGCACAGCAUAGAGCACAACUACAUUACGCUCCAUUAUGUCAUAAUGAACCACAUGCAAGUCGCAUGUCAACAACCAAAAUUUAUCCUAUGAAGCAAGGGGGUGGGAUGGGAUAGAUGAUAAUAAUUAUAUUGGAUGGCGUUAUUCAUGAAAUUCCAGAAAUAUUCCACUCUUCAGGGCCAAUAUUUUCCCAAACUCUUGGAAUAUUUCUUGUAUUCCAUUCUGAGCCAUCCAAAAUAAAAUAAAUAUUCAGCUAACACUAUAUUAUAUAUAUGAAGAUGGUGGUAUAUAAUGGGACUUUAAACAAUGACAAGACAAGAUAUGCAGAAAUGUGUGUCAUACAGGAAUCUUGUGUAUUGUAUUGCAUCCAUCCUUUAUAUGUGGAGUUGUAAUUGAACAGCAAACUUUCUGGAAUGACUAGUAAACAUGAAGUGGUCAAACAAGAGAUGAAAUACAAUAUGUUGAGAUAUUUCUUUAAAUGUACAAAUGUUAUAUUUUAUUUUAACAUAAAGGUAUUUCUAGGUGUAUGAUAGAAAGACAAAUUUUCCACCUUUAGCACUAGUACAUGCACAUUUUAUAAAUCAGGGAAUUGACAUUUAUAUGUGAUUUACAUCAUUAAGAAUUACCCAACAUUCAUUACUGUCUAAUCAUGUAAAACAAUUAUUGAAUAAACAUCUUUUUUAUCCCUUCA